AUGGUGUGUUUCCUGUGCUCAAGAGCUGCAAAGGGCGCUGUCCGCCCUGCAAUGCACAACAAUUUGGACGCAUCAGCGGUGCCUUUUAUAACAACAAUAAGGAGGAUGGAUGCUCUACGAUCCCGCCCCUCCUUGCUUGUUGUCAAGCAUGAACCCCUCGAUGCCCCCCUCAACACACCCCAAGAGCCGCCCUUGAUCACUCCUGCAAAACUUGUGACGGUGCCCCCUUUAUGUGGACCAGACACCCCGGUUCAAAGCACACCCCCCCCCAAGCUCGACCAACUCGCUGAGCAGGUUCGGAGAACGAGCGAGAUGCUGGCGCGCCUUCAAAACAUGGUGCAAGGUGUUCACGAGGGGAGGGAAGAGUUCACCGCAGCGGAAGCAACGCAGCCUCUGGGGAAGGACUCAACUCUUUCCUCGGAGUCGGUUGCCCCGCCAUUGGGGGCGUGCUCUGAUCCAAGAGCGGGUGGCGCAGGUUUUGCGGUAGGAAGUAGGAAGCGUCUUUUCGGUGAGAGGGGUGGGGAGGUCGAGCGGGGAGCCAAUUCUAACGCGGAGGGGCAGGGCGUCGUGGAGAAGGUGGUUUGUGAGAAACGGGUUCCUGGUAUAGUAGAAGCAGCGGAAGUGUUACUGGGUGCACCAGAUGGUCAGAGUCUGGUUCUUGACAUCACUCCAGUUCCUGAGAUGGCCGGUCAAGAGGAGUCCCGAGGGGGGGAAGGUGCAGCUGAGAACGUGGGCUUUGAGCUGCUCCCCGGGACAGAAGCCAGUGCGUCCCCCACUCCAGAAGCAAACCAAAUGCAGGAAUUGGGUAGUCUUCUUGCGGAAGGAUCUCUAUUUGGAACAGAGCGGGUGCCUGUUGCAAGAACGCCAUCCCCGUAUGCUCAAUCAGGGGGGCCAGCGGAGGGGCCUACUCCCCCGCCCAAAGCGGAUGAGGUGGCCCCGCAAAACCCCCGGACGCUCUUCAACGGAGUCUGUGUAAAGACCGAAUGGGUGGACGAACCCCUGGGGCUGGAAACAAGGGGUUCAGCUGUGAACGGGCAUCCUGGCAGUAGCGGGAACUCUGGUAUGAACGAGCAGCUCGCUGUGAACGGCCACACUGGCCUGUAUGCGGGUCGCUCUGGUGUGAACGGGCACUCCAAGGUGGACGACUUUCCGCCCUCAGAGCCAAUCGAUGACGACUCCGGAAGCGGGUUAGAGGACAACGACCAUGGGUUCGACAGCGAACCCGAAGAGGCGGCGGCGGAAGAGCCGAGCUUCGGGGAACCGGUUGAAGGGCCACGGUUCUUUGCAGAGAGUGAGGAAGAGAAAAGCGAGUCAGAAAGAGAAACAGGGGACAUUGGGGGUUGGCUGAAGGCCGGGUGGCAGGAACAGGAGAGUAAGACGGGAUCGGCGAGAGAUGCGAUCACGCCGGCGGAGAAACAAGAGUGGCUGUCGUACGAGGGGCGCUUCCAGACGUGCUUCAUGCGCGUCAUGCUGCCGUCAUUCGUGACCAGCGGGUGCUGGCUGGGCCUACCAGCCACGGUCGCGGACCAGUUCAUGAAGCGGGGCGAAUACUCCGUAACCUUCAGAUCAGAGGGCACUGCGCACACCGUCAACUGGCUAUUCCGCCCCCCGGAAAAGAAGGCCAAGCGAACAGCCCCGUCGUCGAAGGGAAAACCUGGAUUCAGUGGUGGGUGGAAAGGCUUCGCCGAAGAUCACGGACUUGUCCCCGGAGAUUCGGUACUCUUCGAAAAAAAUCACAAAUACAAGUUCAGCCUACAUCUGUUCCGGCGGUGUGAAUACGGGGGCAGUGUGAAAAGGGCGGCCGAGGCGGCGAACCGGAAGGGAGCGGAGCUGGACGCUACUGCAGCGGGGGGAUCGGAUGGAGGGCAAGUCGGGGGGGUAAUGGAGAUGGAAGAGACGAGGGCCGGGUUUGUGAGCGAUCUGAAACUCAACGGAGGCGAGCGGAGACACAGUGAGACGGACGGUCAUCACACCCGGCAGAAAAAGCUGACGGAAGACUUCCCCGUAGUAAAACGUCAACCUCGGAUCAUUAGAAAGGGCACGGGUAAAAAACGUCGGGGAAAAGGGGACGGCGGAAACCUCCGUGGGGAAGAAACGAAAGCCGUCGACGGUGCUGACGUCACGGCUGACGGAGCCGGGGGGUCGAGCGGAGAACCGGGAGGGCCGAAGCGGGUCAAGAGACGGCGAGACGGUCCCGGGAGGGUGCUGACGUCAGCGGGGCGGAUAAUGACGUCACGGGCGCCGGGGGGGGCCGGGUCGGAGCACUUUGUUACGAACAAGGAUACGGUGCAUUACCGGUACGAGGAAGCGUCGGAGAAUGGUCAGCGGAGGGCGAAGAAGGCAAUGGAGGAGUGCCUGACAGCGUACCCGAACGUCAAGAUGGUGAUGUCCAAGUCGCACGUGGACAAGGGGUUCUGGCUGGGGGGCUUCACGUAUCUCUCGUGCGAGACACACCUCCAGACCGACCAACCGGUCGCUCUCGUCGACUCCCGGGGGGGCGUCUGGCACGCCCUGCUGCUCCACGACGCGAGCGGGUUAAGCGGGGGUUGGCGCGGGUUCUCGAUUGACCACCGUCUCGAAGUCGGAGACGCGCUCGUGUUCGAGAUGGUGUUUCCGUACGUUUUCCACGUGCGCAUUUUCAAAGCGUCGCGGGGGGGCAAGGAAGAGGACUGCACGGGGGCCACGGGAACGCGGGAGAGGAGGAUCAGGGCGGCGGGCAGAGUGCAAGUGGGGGAGAAGCGGAAAGUGAAUGAAGCGCAGCUAAAGGUACUAGCCGCACUCCUCAACCUCCCAGACGGCCUCCCCCCGGAAAGGGACUACUCUCAGGGGAUCCCCCUGCCCGAGCUCGGCCCUGCACCCCCCCGGAAAGUGGCGAAACUCUCGGAUCUUGCCCCAAACGCAAAGGCCCCCAAUAGCUCGACGAAAGCGCGUGCCGACGAAAGCGGUCCGAAUUUAGCAUCCACUUUUGGGAACGGGCGGCCGAGGAUCCAACCGGUCCGGGGGGGUCCGGUUGUCAAGCUCGAAAAGGUGGAGAGGACCCCCCUGGAAGAGACGCAAGGAGUCGAGCGUGAUCUGGUGGGAGGGGAGGAGAUCCGAGUCGGGGAAGGGCCUGGCGCCAAAAGGAGACGAGGCUCAGAGACGGAGGUUUCGCUUGCAUCGCCCGCUCCGAAGCAGCUGAAGAAAACGGCGAAAGCGAAGACGAGCAAAGCGAAGACGGGGGCGGGUACUCCGCCCCGGUCACUCGGGGCGGCCCCAGGGAAGACGAAAAAGGGAGAGCUCCACUUCGAGAAGAACCCGAAGAACCGGGACCCCGAAAGCGGCCGUCGGCGGCAUCUCGAGGAGGUUACUGGGCGCGUUUACGUUGAGCCGAGCAAAGAGCAAAUCGCUGCGGCGGCAGCGGCCGCGCAGAAGGCUGCAAAGCGGAUUCCGGCGGAACGGCUGCCGUUCGUGCUGGACAUGAAGACGUCGCACGUGGACCGCGUCUUUUGGAGGGGCCUGCCGCCCGCUUUCCUGGACGCGCUUGAUCUGCCCCGCGACUGCAAGGUCUACCUCCAGAACGCGCGCGGGUUCGUCUGGGAAGCCACGUUGCUGAUCGAGCAACAGAAGGGGCUGUCCGGCGGCUGGCGCAAGUUCGCGGUGGACCACCAGCUGGAGUUCGGCGACCACGUGAUCUUGGACGUCCGCGAAAAGGUCGCCGUUCCGAACGGUUCGGAUGCCGUCGGCGUGACGAUACUCGUCCGGAUCUUCCGGGCGAAGUGGGACGGUCGGGAAGACGACUGCCGGGCGUUUGCGUUUGUACCGGUCGAAGGGAAGGUGGUCGGAAAGACCACGGCCUACGAGGGGAAGAGGGAAAAUGGGGUCAAGCGGGAACCCGGGGUUAAGAAGGUAAAGAAGGUAAAGAAGGAACUCAGGGUGACGAGCAAAGGAGGGGUCAAGAAGGAAAGCGGGGUCAAGAAGGAGAAGCGGGGUUGAGUGGAUGUUGGUUUGCGGAAAGGGUGACUCAGAGGAAUAAAUGUUGGACACUUAGAGAGCGGGGAAGUUUUUGGGUCAGCAAGACGAUGAGGAGUAACCCGCAGCGAGCGGGGGCUCGACCCGUAGGGUACAAAGUGCACUCGAUCUGGGGGGCUCGGUGAAGGGUGUGUGGCAACCCCCCACGCGACGGAGCCCGGGCUGAAGCAUUGGUUAAUUGACGACUGAGGUGACGCUUACAGCAGCGGCUGAAUCAAUGAGAGGGAGCGUCUACACAUUUGAGCGUUUGUACAGCGAAGGCUUUCGACGGUGACGAAAGGCGGGCUGUGGCCCCGAGGAAAUAAAGGGUCGGGCCAGGGUGCCAGCUGGCAGGCGCGCGCAUUGCCAGCCGCUGAUAGCGUAUCAGUGGUCAGUGGGGCGGGACCUACCCCACGGAAAAGGCGAAGAACAGACUGUAGACGACGUGCAAAGGUGUCCGGAAACGGCGUGCAGCAACCGUGAAGCGCCGAUGAAGACCUCGAAGAGGUGGGCGAGGGACUCGAUGAUGAUGCUGGAGCAUAGAUGCCGCGGCUCAGUAGAGUUCAAUCACUAAGUAAUUGCAGAACAUUCCAUUGUUUUGUUGUACUACUAACAUCCAUUCAUUGCGUCGGAACUUUUGAGAGUAGUGGAGUCCCUCCAUGGACAGGUAGGAUUGUUUACAAGCAUGCUUGUGGCUCGCCACGGGCCAAGACUAAGUAUUUCUCAUGACCACGUUUCUUGCGCGGCAAGACGAAUUGAUGGGCGCCCAUCUUCUCAAC